AGCAUCCCUUGCCAUUCAUUCAAAACAAAUAACACACACCAGCAUGUCGGCUGUCCAAGAAACCACGUCGCCUGUCGUCCACGAAGAGCCGAACACGCACGACCUGCACCAAGGUUACGUGGAGAUGUACCACCACGGCCUCGUCCACGUCAAGUCCACCGCGCUCCUGUGCGCGGUUGGCCUAGGCAUCCCUGGCGCCAUCCACCGCCGCGGCGGCGCCGCGACGCUCCCGCACAUCGCCACCGACACCGGCGUCCACCCGGCCAAGCGCUCGUACCUCCGCCGCCUGAUGCGCGUGCUCACGUUCUCCGGCGUCUUCAACUCCCAUCAGCCUGACGAAGGCAAUGAGACCCUCUACACGCUCACGAACGUGUCCCGCAUUCUCGUCAGCGACGACACGGCUGCCUCCACUCCGCCGUGCGACGUCUCGGCGAUGCUACGCCUCUUGGCGCGCCCCAGCACGUCGAUCUCCACGUUCUUCAGCCUGGAGGAGUGGUUCAGAGACGCCGGCACCGCGACGCUCUUCGAGACGGCACUCGGUGUGCCUACGUGGGGCCUGACGAAGAACGACGCCUCGUACAACAGGGCGCUCAACGACGCCUGCUUUGCGGACAGCAGCUUCUCCAUGGGUAUCGUGCUGAAAGACGCCAAGAGCGCGAACAUCUUCCGCGGGCUCGGCUCGCUGGUCGAUGUUGGCGGCGGCCAUGGCGCUGCCGCGAUGGCCAUUGCCAAGGCAUUUCCGCACGUCAAGUGCAGUGUGCUAGACCUCGACCAGGUGAUCAGCAAGGCGCCUGAUCUAGAUGGCACGGUGAAGUUCAUCGCCGGUGACAUGUUUGAGUUCAUUCCACCAGCAGAUGCUGUUUUCCUAAAGUAUGUUUUGGAUUGCUGGGAUGAUGACCAUUGUGUUAAGAUACUACGACAGUGCAAGAGAGCAAUCCCAGCCAGAGAUGACGGAGGAAAAGUGAUAAUUAUGAACGUCGUGGUCGGAUACGGGGCGCAGGACAAUAUAGUCAAAGAGACGCAUGUGCUCUUUGAUAUGUACAUGAUGCGAUAUAGUGGUGCUGAGCGAGAGGAGCAUGAAUGGAAAAAGAUCUUCUUAGAAGCUGGGUUUAGUGACUACAGGAUUACGCCGAUAUUGGGUUUUCAAUCCAUCAUUGAGGUUUUUCCGUGAAGAACGAAGCAAGGCCGGUGGAGGAACUAUCUAUAUGAUUAAAAUAAUAAGACACAGAUAAUGAAUAAUCUAUCGUACUGCAUUGGUGACGAGAUAUCAUGGAAGAAGAAAUGUUUAUUCCACAAGGCGCCACUUAUAUAUAGUUGCCUUUUUAGUUAUGAAAAAAAAACCCAAAGUACUUUAGCUCACUUCCAUUAUUUACUACUGUAUAAGUUACAAAUGUAUUAAUUGUACUCGAACCAUCAAUAUCAUAAAUAAGAUCGAGAUAUCCUUGCCUCAA